UCAUGCAAAAUAAAUUCGCCUUGGGUUUUUUUUUUUGAAUUUAAUUGUUUUGAUAAUAAUGACAUGAAAUUACGUACCUUGGACGUUUGAUACCUCUUCAAAAAUUCAGAAUGGAGGCCGAAUUUUCUGCUAUUUUGACUGAAGGCAAUAAAUUGGUGCCUCAUAUGAGAAAUGAAGUUCUUAAUCUGAUCUCCUUUUUGAAAGAGAUUGAUUGGACAGAACCGUGGCUCAUUGGCCUUCUAGUCUUUCACACUUUAGUCACUGUGGUAACUGUUGCAACUCGUCAUCAUGGAAAUUUUCAAGGAGCAUUUUUCUUCACAUUGUUGAUGCUUGUGUUUUGCUCCUCCACCAUCAAUGAACUAGCUGCUAGCAAUUGGAAGUACUUCUCUCGUCAGCAGUAUUUUGACAGUGGAGGAAUGUUUAUAUCUAUUGUGUUUUCGUCCCCUAUUCUUUUGAAUUGCCUUGUUAUGGUGGGUCACUGGCUAUGGAUGUCAGGCAGCCUGAUGGUUAAAGUGAAGCAGGCACAGUUCAAAGAGAGAAUGCGCGCAGAGAGUCGCCUGAAGAAACAAAGAAAAGAAUCAUCCUCUUCCCAAAGUCACAAAAAAGACGAUUAGCACUUUCCUAAGAUGGACGGCAAAAAGUUUUGUUGUGUACAAAUAUUAUAUGUCUUGUCAUUAUAAAGAGCUGUGAUUGUAGCAAUUGUUUUGUGUGUUUGUCCCUACUUGUGCAUAUACCCAUGCCAUUUUUGUGUAAAUCUGGAAUGAGUCGAUUUUAAUGAAGUGCAUAUAUUUUUAUAAGAAUGAUGUUUUGUAUGAGUAUUGCUGGCAAGAAAGGAACUUCUUAUAUCAAUACUAUGAAUAAGUGUUCAACUGAGUUACUCAAAAUUAUCAAUAGACUGAUGUCCUUCAUAAAUCAUCGCCUCAAAGCAACAGUAAGAUAUCUAAUCCCAGAAAUAACACUAAGAUAUCUUACUGUUGCUCUGAGGCGACGAAAUUUUUAAAAUAGUGGUAAAAAUUUGACUAUGGAUCAUUUCAUGUAUCUAUUUAAAUUAUCUUUUUGUGAUAUACAGUAGAUUCUUAAUAUCUUCAUGUUGCUUUUCUCUACUUUCCAGUUAUCUUAAAGUUCUACACCGACUUAAAUGCAACUUACUGAGAACUCAAGACCAAGGAGAAACGUUAGAAAUAAGAAUUUAAAUUUAGACAACAUAGUGAUGCCUGGUAUAAAUUUCUAGGGUUGGUUCUAAAUAUAUAUGUAUCUGAAUAUUUUUUAAAAAGUUAAAUAGAAUUAGCAUAUUAAAAAAUAUGUUUAAGUAUUUUUUAAAGACAAACUUGAUUACAUUAUAAAAUACUUUUAGAAAUUCAUCUUUUGGAUGAACAUAGGGACUGAAGCAGAAUGAGUCUUGAAAGAAAAGCUUUGAUGUGAUCCAAAACUUUAGUUUGUCAACACCUAGUUUACAAAUCUAGGCAUCCAAUCAAAACUUCUGGUUGUAUAAUGUGGCUUACGACCACCUAUUUCGAACACUGCUGAGGAGAUAGUCCUAUGUUUGGACCCUCUCUUGAAACUCAAAUUAAGUUAUCAUGUUCAAAAAAUGCUUUUUCUCAUCUGAGCAGUUGUAUUUAUGUACUAUAUAAAUUAAAAUCAAAUUUUAAUUGCUUCUGUUUUUGCAUCCCAAAGCAUCAGAGUUUGACAUUUUUAACCGGGACAGUUCCCUGAGAAAUUUCUUGCUUUCUAAAAAUCCUGGCCAAUAAGGACAUUCUGUAUUUCUGUUAAGUCUUGUAAAUGUAAUGUACUGAGAAUCAUGUGUAAUCAAGAACAUGUCUAAGCUAUUUUUAGUUCAUGAUUUCGAUGAAUUAGAUUACUAUAUUUACUAAUGUUCAAAAUAAAGUCAUUCAUUUCUCAAGACAUGGCCAAAUGCAACAGAAUUUAAAAUUAUUUGCAUUUGUAACAAAGAAAUAUGAAACAACUAAUAUGAUCUAUUUCAGAUAUGUUUAAACUUCUUAUUUUAAUUUUCUUAAACCGUACCUUAUUUUACUUAUUAUUUUUUGUAGUUUUAAUCAUAUAUGUGUUUUAUGUUAAACAACCAAUGUUUAAAAGUCAAUUUUUGUUAUUAAGUAUAUUGUUUGA